UCGAAUCAUUUUCAUCCUAAAAUUUUCUCUUGCCAAAGUUAACAUAAUGGAAGCUUGGAGUUCUCUUUACUCGAAGGCCUUGGCACUUGCAUCAGCAGAAGAACCCAGAAAAGCUGAGGUGAUCCGUCGAUCAUCUAAUUAUCACCCCAGCGUUUGGGGUGAUUAUUUUGUUGUCUCUACUAAUGAUAUGAAUGACGAUCCGGAAGUUGAGGAGAGAAUUGAAACACUGAAAGAAGCUGUUGGGAAGAUGCUGAGCAAUGCAACAGGCAAAGCAAUAAUGGAAGAACUGUUAACUUUAAUUGAUGCACUUCAACGCCUUGGCGUGGCCUACCACUUUGAAUAUCAAAUCAACCAGGCCUUACAGUCAAUUUACGACAACUAUGUCAAUAACAACAGUAAUAAUGGUUGUGAAGACGAUGAUCUGUAUACGAUGGCUUUACGCUUCCGGCUUCUAAGGCAACAAGGUUACUCUGUGUCAUCAGAUGUUUUCAAGAAGUUCAUAGAUGCUAACGGUGAAUUGAAGGUCACACUGGCAAAUGACGCAAGAGCUUUGCUGUGUUUGUAUGAAUCAUCGAAUUUGAGAAUGGAAGGAGAAGAGAUAUUGGAACAACUCUUACAAUUUUCAACCAGGCGAUUGAAAUCAAUGUUGCCUCAUUUAAACACUUGUUUAGCUCAGCAAGUGAAUCAUUCUCUAGAGCUACCCCUGCACAAAAGGAUGCCAAGAUUAGAAGCAAGGCAAUAUAUCUCUAUCUAUGAAGCAGAUCCCGCUCGAAGCGAUCUAUUAUUGGAGAUAGCAAAGUUAGAUUUCAAUUUCUUGCAGAAAUUGCACCAGGCAGAGCUCCGUGAACUCUCAAGGUGGUGGAAAGACAUCGAAUUUGCUACCAAGCUAUCUUUUGCGAGGGAUAGGUUGGUGGAGUGCUAUUUCUGGAUUUUAGGAGUUCACUUUGAGCCCAAAUAUUCAGUCAAUAGAAAAUACGUGACAAAAGUCAUUGCAAUAUCCUCUACCAUAGACGAUAUCUAUGAUGUAUAUGGCACAAUGGAUGAGCUCAAGUUGUUCACUAAUGCUAUUGAGAGGUGGGAAGUUUUGGCUGGAAAUGAGUUACCCGAAUACAUGCAAGUAUGUUACUUUGCUCUCUUAGACGUUGUGAAGGAAAUGGAGGACAACCUGGUGAAUGAAGGACUAUCUUACCAAGCGGAAUACGCGAGAGAGGCAAUAAGGGCCCUGGUGAGGGCUUACUUCGUGGAAGCAGUCUGGUUCAAUACUAAAUAUGUGCCAACAUUUGAAGAAUACUUGGAGAUAUCCAUGAUCAGCGGCGGAUACCCUAUGCUUUCUGUCGAAGCUCUUGUAGGUUUACAAGAAGUGGCAACUAAGGAAGCCUUCGAAUGGGCAAUUAAUGUUCCCAGAAUCAUCAGAUCUUCCGGUUUAAUUGCUCGACUUGUUGAUGAUAUCCAUACUUACAAGGUUGAGGAAGAGAGAGGGGAUGCGCCAUCGGCAGUGCAAUGCUACAUGAAAGACUACGAUGUGUCCGAGGAAGAAGCAUGCAACAAAAUAAAAGAGAUGGUGGACAUUGCAUGGAAAAAUAUUAAUGAAGAAAUUCAAAAACCAAACCAUCCUCCUUUGCCACUUCUUCUUCCACCUCUAAAUCUAGCUCGAAUGAUGGAGGUGUUAUAUGAAAAAGGAGAUUGUUACACCAACUCAUCGGGAAAAACCAAGAAGAGAAUCGCUUCAGUACUUGUUGAUCAUAUUCCCAUAUGAUCAUAUCUGGACAUUUUAAUCAAUUUCCACAAGAACUUAUAAUUAAUCAUAAUAUUAUAAAUAAUUUGGAUGGCUAAAGAUUGUACUACCACUGCAACGUGUGUUACAAUACAUAGACAUGUAUUUUGAAAUGUUGUAAGGCCGUUGUUGUACAUCAAACCCCUCUCUCUAUCAAUAACAAAAAAUAAAAUCAAUUGAUCUGUCUCUA